UCCCCAGAAAUAAUGCAUGAAUAUGGAUGGGCUGUUGUGCCUGAGUCUAUUCAGUGCAUUGGACUACCUCCAACGCUGGCAUAAACCCAGCAACGGCAGAGGAGACCAUACCGUCCAGUCCAAAGGAUAGUGAUGGGGAGCAAUGACUCAAAAGGGCUUCUGAUCACCGAGAAGGGUCUUUCUGGCAUGUCUGCAGUGAGUGACAUGUUGCGCUCGUCCUAAACGCUCGUGCGUCUGUAUACUGACUGGCCAAUAUGUUGAGCCGACUGAUGAGUGGCAGCGAUCGGACUCUUGACAGGGAAUUUAACUGUACGGUGCGACUGCUGGACGACUCGGAAUACACUUGCACGGUUCAGAGGGAUGCAAAAGGUCAAUGGCUGUUUGAGCAGGUCUGUCAGCAUCUAAACCUGCUGGAGAAAGACUACUUUGGCAUCAGAUUUGUGGACCCAGACAAGCAACGGCAUUGGCUGGAGUUUAGCAAGGCAAUUACCAAACAAAUGAGAACCCAGCCUCCCUACACUAUGUGUUUGCGUGUUAAAUUCUAUCCUCCAGACCCUGCAACUCUUAAAGAAGAGAUCACAAGAUACCUGGUCUUCCUACAGAUUAAAAGAGAUUUGUAUCAUGGCCGUCUCCUGUGCAAAAGUUCAGAUGCUGCCACAUUGGCCGCAUUUAUUCUGCAGGCUGAGAUUGGAGAUUAUGACCCGGGGAAGCAUCCGGAGGGUUACAGCUCUAAGUUUCAGUUUUUCCCCAAGCAUUCUGAGCGCCUGGAGCGCCGCAUUGCUGAGAUCCACAAAGCUGAGCUGAUAGGCCAGAGUCCUGAGACAGCUGAGAUGAAUUUCUUAAGGAAAGCUCAGACUCUUGAAACAUACGGGGUUGAUCCACACCCAAGCAAGGAUGUGUCUGGCAACACAGCAUUUCUCUCAUUUACCCCAUUUGGCUUUGUGGUACUACAGGGAAACAGGAGGAUUCAUUUCCUCAGAUGGAAUGAGGUGACCAAACUGAAGUUUGAAGGAAAGACAUUUCAUAUUUAUGCAACUCAUCAAGAGGAUCAGAAGAUCAUCUUGACUUACUUUGCUCCAACACCCGAUGCCUGCAAGCAUCUAUGGAAGUGUGGGGUGGAAAACCAAGCUUUCUACCAGUUUGAGAAAUCAAGUCAAGUUCGCACUGUAUCCAGUAGUAAUCUUUUCUUCAAAGGGAGCCGCUUUAGAUAUAGUGGUAAAGUUGCCAAGGAAGUGAUGGAACAGAGUGCCAAAAUCAGACGAGAGCCUCCAGAAAUCCACAGGUCUGGGAUGGUCCCCAGUAGGAGUUGUCCCUCCAUCACUCAUGGCCCACGACAGAGUAGCGUUCCCCGAACACGAAGGAGAGCAGUGCAUAUUUCCAUCAUGGAGGGUUUGGAGUCCUUGCGUGACAGUGGCCAUUCCACGCCUGUCCGAUCGGUCUCCGAUGGAAACUCAUUCCUACACUCCCGUGGAAAUGGAGCCGAAAGAGGAAACAGAACCAGAACGGCUGAAUUUUCCGAGGACUCUUACAGUCCCUCUGACAGCGUGCUCUCUACACCAGUGUCCAACGACCCCUCAGACCAGGCUCAGGUUCGCCACACAAACGGCCCCCGCAGCAAUCAAGAGGAAGGAGGAACAGAACUGUGUACUCAAAAGCAGGCAAGGCCACAGGGUGAUAAACCCAAAGGGAAGCGUUUUCAACUGGAGAAGUCUCGGCCUACCCAACAUGGCCCAGAGGCAAGGGUGAAUGAGUUCAUCUGUAGUUUGGCACGUCUUUUCUUAGUGACCCUGGCUCUACUCUUUGCCCUCCUUAUACUUCUUAUUGUGCUAACAGAGUCUGAGCUGGACUUGGCCUUUCUUAGGGACAUCCGGAGAACACCCGAAUUCCAGCAGUUCCACUACGAAUAUUUUUGCCCCCUUAGGCGCUGGCUGGCCUGCAAGUUGCGCUGGAUGGGUGGGCAUCUCAUCGAUAAAUGAGUGUGUAAGCACCCUUCUCUGUCUACUCAGUGCAGUCUGUAGUCUAUGAGUGGGACAUCUCUAGCAUUAAUAUCAUGGUACCAUGAAAUCAAAAUGAAAUUACUAUUAUCUACAUAGCCAAAGCCUUGGAUUUCCUAAUACCAUGCCGAGAGGAGAAAACUGUGUAUGUUUCAGCUCUAGUUAUUGUGAAAUUGUUCUCUGCAGCGCUACUUUGUAGUCGGAUAAAAAAAAAAAAAGGUAUGUAUAGCUCUUUGAAUGCUGCCGUCACCCAAUUGUAAUUUUCUAUCAUUUAAAUAUAAUAUCUACACUCAAAGAAUGUUCACAGAGACUGUGACAAGUAAGACCUCAUGCUGCAAUCAGACAAAGAUGCCUUCAUUGGUCAGACUUUAGACAGUGGCAGCAGAUAAAGGGAUAGUUCACUCAAAAAUGAAAAUUCUAUCAUCAUUUACUCACCCUUUAUUUGUUUAAAUCCCACAAUACUUGCAGUUAAUCUGCAAAACACAUAUUUAAAUAAAACCUGAGAGAUUUCUGUCCCUCCACUGUGUGUCCAGGUAAUCAAAUCUUCAAAGAUCAAAAAAGACGAAUCCAUAUAUCAAACAUUUUAAACCGUUAAAUUCAUAUGACAUUUGAUAAUGACUUUCUGACCUUCAAUGUUUUAAUCACCUGGACUUUCCAUGGAGGGACUUAAACCAAAGUCUUACAGAUUUGGAACAAUAUCAGAGUGAGUAAAUUAAGAAUUUUAGCUGAUUUUUCUUAAAGCUGCGGUAGGGAACUUUUGACGCUCUAGCGGUUAAUAAACAGAACUGCUUGCGUCUUGUGGAAGAACAUCGUAGCCGGAGCUACUUCUCUCUGUUUAUGUCUAUGAAGAAU